GAGCGCGUUAAGGUGAAAAGUUCAGCUCUUUGAAGAACCAGCUCAUCGACCACAGGCGGAAGAAUUUAUACAUUAACUGCGCCAGGCGGUGUAGCCAGCUCAGAACACAACAGGAAAGCGCUAUUCAUCAUCCCCGUCAGCUCAAGCAUCGAUAGUACAACUCAUUUUUGACAGAUAUAAAGGAUGUUUAAUUAUGUAAACAUCGGACUGUGGAACGCACGUAGUUUACUAAAAAAAAGUAACGACUUGAUGAAUGUAUUAGAUGAAUACGAUAUUAUGUAAGAGCGAACGACAGUGAGGCGACAUGGCAAUAGCCUGGCGACGGCCAGAGCUGUUCAAGUGCCGCCAUAAAUUAGCGGGAUGUUUAGACUCCGGAGAACGUGACGAGGGUCGAAGUCGAAUUUCGGCGGGACCCUACCAUAUUUCGUCGGUGUGACAUGAGUUUGACCAGGCCCCGUAGAGCCGGCUACAUUGAGGUCUUCCCCAAGAAAGAGUGGGGCGCGUGCUGGCCAUUUUAAGGGCGGAAAAUGCCACGCAACGGGCAGAACGAAAAAGGCGACAGAAGAAGAGACCGCGGGUAAACGUCGCGAGAUUGGAAAAAACGUACAAUUAAUAAAAAACUAUUCAACAGCAUUUAUGUGUCUUACAAUUUAUCAGAAGUGGGAUACAGGAUCCGGAAUAAAAAGAUUCGCAGAAAUUGUGUGUCUAACGCUGCCGUUCGUGUUUUGAGUGACUUUCCUCGCGACGCUUUCAGUGCUUGUGCUGAUUCUCUGUGUAUGACAUUGUUCGUAACAUUCUGUGUGACUAUUCAUAACGUUCUGUGUGACUCUAUCGGCAACUUUCUGUAUAGCCUUGUACGUAACAUUCUGUGUGACUUGUUUGUAACGUCUGUGCUAAUUGACUUUUUCUUCUCAGUGAUAACUUUGCAUCUCAGUGCUAAUCUAAGUGACAUUUGUGUUAAAAAAAAAAAAGUUCGUGAUGUCCCAAGAAAUGGGGAAAGACCAUCGUGGAUUUCUGUUGUCUGAGCUGAAGGAAGCACUACGGCGACAGGGAUUGCCCGCGGUAGGCAAUAAAGCCGAGCUGAUACAGCGGCUAGAUGAACAUUUCCCCGAUCGAUUAUGGGAAAGUUGCAUAACACCACGACCAAAGAAAGGCGGGAAUCCAGUUCCCGAAGAAAAUGAUAUCACUGUGGAAGAAAAUGAUGCCCUACCAGAAGCAAGCACUCUUCGCCUGGAUGCACCGGUGUGGCGAGAUUCGUUGGCAGAAAAUGCUCCGGAUCGGCUGCUACGCAUGGAGAUGGAGCUCAUGCGCCGAGAGCGAGAGCUCAUGCAACGAGAGUUGCAAUUGCUGCAGCGGGAAAACGACAUGCUGCGACAGUCCCCUGGUUCGAGCCGAGAAACGGAGAGGAAGUCUGGAGCAAGCAUUAAAGCCAUAGGCGAAUUGCUAGCAGAUUUCAGUGGUGUGGAACAAUGUUUUCAUAGUUGGAGAAAACAGCUAGCACUACUCAUCUCCACAUAUGACCUAGACGACAAUUUAUCAAGAAUCCUGAUUGGUUCGAAGCUUAAGGGGAAGGCAUUGAGCUGGUUUCAAUCGAGAACGGAACAUUUAGAAGUCAGCACGGACGAACUGCUGGUCCGAAUGGAGUCAAUGCUCCAUCAUCGGGAGAGCAGAUUGGAGGCUCGCCGGAAAUUUGGGAGUAGAAGAUGGGCUGUCAACGAAAAUUUCGGCGAAUACUUCCAUGAUAAGUUAAUUUUGGCCAACAGAGUGCCAGUUGCAGAGGAAGAAAUGGUCGACUCCGUAAUUGACGGAAUCCCUGACGUUAACUUGCGUAAUCAGGCACGUAUGUGCAAUAUUACGACGACUUCGGCAUUGUUGGGGGCCUUCAGCAAAAUCAAGCUGAGCCCCGUCCCAAGAUGUCAAGUGAUGCCAGGCAUGUCAACAAGUCGACCGUGGCCGACGGAACUACCUGCAUCGCAAGGGUCAGCGGGCUAGUUAAAACCUCCGAUGCGCUGCUACAAUUGCAAUAGGAUGGGUCAUCGGUCCCAGGAAUACCGGCUACCAAGGAGGGAAAAGGGUUCCUACUUUGGCUGUGGGGAAAUGGGCCACCUGUUACAUGCUUGCCCUAAGAAAGUGAGACCCCAAGUCACCUGCGUACAGGAUCGGCCACUACAGGAAGACGAAUUUCAGCAAAAUGUCGAAUACGUGAUAGAUAAUUUAGAAGAGAAUUAGAUGACAGCGUGCGCAACCGUUUUGUAGGGACCAACAAAUCGCCGUUAAAUCCUAUCAGCACCGUACACACAACAAUCAUAUUAAACAAUCUUCAAAAAAAUAUGUCGCUUCUUGUCGUACCGAAUCAAACAAUGUCCGCGUCAGUAGUGUU